UUACAAAAAAAUGUGACUAGAGUGAAUGCCGAUAAUUCCAUUAAUAGUUUGAAUUCUCUGUCUCAUGGCUAACGCGUGGAUAUUUGUAAUUGCCUUAUUCCAUUUUGUAAAUGCACAGCCUUUUAGAGAUUGUGGAUCAAAAAUUGGAUCAUUGAUUUCAUUAACUGUAACACCAUGUGAUAAAACCCCUUGCGCGUUAUAUAAAGGUCAUAAUUCAACAAUUACAAUAGAAUUCAGUACAAGCGAAACGGUUAAAAAUGGUCGUAUCUCUGUACAUGGAGUACUUGCUCAUGUACCAGUCCCAUUUCCCCUUGAUAAUUCAGAUCUGUGUCAGUUCGUCAGUCCAACAUGUCCUCUGAUCAAAUCUAUACCAAAGUACACACAUACAUACACAAUGUUUGUUAAAACCAGCUAUCCAUCGGCCUUCGACAGAGUUGACCGCGAAGUAAUUUGGAGACUACUUCAACACUAUGGCGUGCAGUGCCCCAAAUCUUUAUCAGCCUCAUUCAACAGCUGGCUAUAUGACAAUGCCUGCCACGAGUUAGGUGAUCCACAACGAAAAACUCAGCGAAGCCUUUGAAAUGAAGACAGGGGUAAGACAAGGCUGCCUACAAUCACCGAUGAUAUUCCUAAUUGUGAUGGACUGGAAUAAUGUGUCAGACUGUGAAUGGGGAGUGCGAAUACAUGAAUACAUUGAGGCGCUAAGAAAACGUGGACUUCAUGGAUGAUAUGUCUAGUGUCACAUAAACUCGAAGACUCAAUAUCAACGGAAGACACUUGAAAGAGGUCACUUCCUUCAAUUAUCUAGGAAGCAUCGUUUCGACUACAGGUAGGUAGCAUGGAUGAGGAUGUCAAAGUUAGCCAGGAUCGAAAAUGCAAAGCAGACAGAUCUUUGUCACUCUUAAAUCAGUUUGGAAAUCUUCUGCAGUCCGUAACAUAAGGGACAGGAUUCGGAUUUGCAAAACCAAUGUCAAUGUCGGUGAGAAACUUGGCGCGAGUGGCACAAAAAGAAUUUCCAUUUGGUUGCAGACUUUUAUCAACAGCCGCCUUUACUGGCUCAAUACUGAAGAUCAGAUGACCGGCAGGCCAGAAAGUAUUAUCAACAAGAAACUAUGGGAACAAGCCAAUCAAGAACCUGUUGGUCAAUAAAGAUGCCGAAGGAAAUAGAGAUGGAUCGGACACACUCUCCGGAGAUUGUUGAGUGAAAUCACCCGCCAGGACAUCUGUCAAACGGGGCAUCCGAGAGUGACAUGGAGAAGAUUGUGAGAGGAGGAGAUGGAAGCCUAUGGACAAUCGUAGAGCCGGCCAAAGAGGACCACAUAGAACUUUACAGAGUGGGGAUGUGCUGUUGAAGCCCUAUGUUCCACUCGAAACCAAAGGGAACAAUAUGUAUAUAUUAUCAAGCAGAUCAGCAUAUUCCAGUCUGAGUGAUUUUGGUUGCUUUCAAAAGAAACUGUGAUGAUGUACGUUUUACCUCGACUUGUGUAAGUUGAUAAUUUGAUUCUAUAAAUGUAUGCAGAUGUUUUAUUAACUGUUAAAUAUAUGUUUACAUUUUUCCAGAUUAGUUUAACCGUUAGAUGGGAGUUGAAGAACAGUUCAGAUGAAGAUAUAGUCUGUGUUGAAUUCCCCGCUCAACUCAUAUAAAAUAACAGCAUACAGCUGAUGUAACGGUAGAUACACUUGUGUGACAGUGUGUGUACUUGUGUGUGUGUGUGUUUAUUUGCAUGAAAUAUCUCGAAAUCUCAAUAUAAUUCAACUGAAUCUCUAAAUUCUUUCCUUUUACUUCAUGAAAAUAACUUUGUCCUACUGAUUCAUUUCUUUUCCAUUCUCUGAUCAGAAAUCUCUAUUGAAUUUACCAUAUAUACAUAUAUUUUUAAUAUACUGUCUCACUAUUUUUAUUGUAUUAUAAAAGAAAAAUAAAUAAAUAGAUGGACAUCUAAUGAUUCGAACAA